AACACACCUACAGAGUUUCUACGCUCGUAAAACCUGAAAGGAAGUUGCAAGCUACCGCGUUUCCAAGUUUCUCAUGUACGUUACGUUAGGCACCAGCAAGGCGUGUGUCGGCUUAAUUGCACUGCGAAAGGAUUUAUAAAUACUAUGGCUUAGUUUUACCACCAACCUCUGCUAGUUAAUGAAAAGUUAAUGGUUUAGAAAUUACGCUUAAACAGGUGUUGGGACUAUUUUUUAAUGGAGGUCGUUACAUUCUUGGGCGUGUCAGUGUGCAGCCCUCCUUGGCUUUGUUUCUUUGGUCUGUGCCAUCUAUCUCACCAUGGACAGCCUGCUGAGCGGGGCCAGUAAAGGGGCCAGGGCUCUUCAGUCAACACAGACCUCAUCACGUCAUAGAUGCCACUCGCUGUCUUUACCCAUGUAUGACUGACUGUUAGGGAAACAAUAAAGCUUAAAUUCCUCUUAGCUCGAACAAAGGAGCCAUGCAUCCGCUGCUGUCCCUCAGUGUCUUUUGGCUGCUUCCCCUGGCCUUGAUGCUGGAGGAAGACUCACCACUGGGCUGUGUUCCCCGCAAAUCUGUUCCUUAUCACAGGGACAACGCUCACCUGUUUCAGGAGGAGGGUGUGUUCAACUACUCCACCAUGUUGUUGAGAGAAGACCUGAACGUGUUGGUUCUGGGUGCCAGGGAGGCCUUGUACGCUCUUGACCUCAACGACAUCUCCAAGAAACUCGCUUCAGUGAAAUGGGAAGUGACGGAGCAGCAAAAAGCUGAGUGUAAAAACAAAGGAAAAGAUCCUGAGACGGAGUGCAAGAACUAUAUAAGGAUAUUGCAUAAGAUGGGGGAUAACAGGAUGUAUGUUUGUGGAACCAAUGCUUUUGAUCCAGAGUGUGAUUACAUGUCCUAUGCAGAUGGAAAGUUGACACUUGAGAGCAAAGGAGAGGAUGGCAAAGGGAAGUGUCCAUUUGAUCCUUUCCAGAGAUAUGCCUCCAUCAUGGUUGAUAACAACCUAUACUCAGCCACUUCAAUGAACUUCCUGGGCUCUGAACCUAUCCUGAUGCGCAGCUCUCCUGUCUCCAUACGCACUGAGUUCAAGAGUUCCUGGCUUAAUGAGCCCAGCUUUGUUUCCAUGGCGCAGAUGCCAGAGGGUGAUAAAAGUGAGGAGGGAGAUGACGACAAGGUUUACCUGUUCUUCAGUGAGACAGCUGUGGAGUGCGACUGUUACAACAAACUGGUGGUUUCCCGUGUGGCCCGCGUCUGCAAGGGGGAUCUUGGAGGUCAGAGGACUUUGCAGAAGAAGUGGACAUCCUUCCUGAAAGCCAGACUGGACUGUCCAGUGCUGGAGUCCCAGCUGCCAUACAUUAUCCAGGACACUUUCCGCUGGUGUGACCCCCAGCAGCACUGGAAGACCUGUUUGUUCUACGCCAUCUUCACACCACAGUCGGACACAUCAGAUCUGUCCGCAGUGUGUGUGUACCAGGUGUCUGACAUCAGCAGAGUGUUUGCGGAGGGGAAGUACAAGACUCCAGUCCCCGUAGAAACCUCUUUUGUUAAGUGGGUGAUGUAUAGCGGAGAUGUCCCAGUCCCUCGGCCUGGAGCUUGUAUAAACAAUGAGGCUCGUGAAGCGGGUAUAACUCAGACUCUGGACCUCCCAGACCGCACGCUUCAAUUUAUCAAAGAUAGGCCCUUAAUGGACCAGGCUAUCCAGCCAGUGGGAGAGAAGCCUGUGUUGGUGCGAAGGGGAGCUACAUUUACACGCAUCAUAGUCAACCAAGUGCAGGCUGCAGAUGGCGAGAAGUACAACGUGAUGUUUAUAGGCACAGAGGAAGGCACCAUGCUGAAAGCAGUGAACUACGAUGGAGAGAUGUUCAUCAUAGAGGAAAUACAACUUUUCCAGCCCCCAGAGCCAAUCAAGAUCCUGAAAUUUUCUAAUGUCACGGAUCAGCUCUAUGCAGGCUCAGAAAACGGAGCAGCACAGAUACCAUUAGCCAGCUGUGCGAGGUCCUUAUCCUGUAUGGACUGUGUCCUAGCCAGAGACCCAUACUGCGGCUGGGACAAAGUUGUUGGGAAAUGUAUUUCCCUCUCUAAUUCACGAAGAGAGCUGAUCCAAAGUGUGAAAGAAGGAGAUGCUUCUCUUUGCCCAGAUGCUGAUCAUGUUAAACCCACGAAUCAGUCGAUCUGGCCAGGUGGAAACCUCAAGCUCAGUUGCCCUUCGCCUUCCAACUUGGCAAAAACCAGCUGGGAGCGAGACAACCGCCCUCUGACCCCUUCAGCUCGGCUUCAGCCACUGCAAGACGGACUGCUUAUCCUCAACGCGUCUGACAGCGAUGGUGGUCGAUACCGCUGCGUGUCUGUGGAGCGCUCCAAAACUGACGAGUACGCAACCACUGUGGCUGAGUACCAGGUCAGAAUAGCAGGUUCAGGCAGGGGUGGUCAGAUAUUGUUUCCACAGCCUCGGACAGGUGGCCCCUCUGUGGCUGGACUGCAGGCUGUAGUCGGGCUUCUUGUGGUUUCUCUUCUUGUCCUUUUGGCUUGGAACUUUUACAAAGGCCACCUACCUCUUCCUUGGAGCUGUGGAAAGAAGAGCGAACAAUCCCAGGAGUCCCAUGAGGAGGGGGGUGUGCACCCCAGUGUGCCCGCCCAAGAGCCACCGAAGCCUGCACAGGCAGAGGACAAGCCCCUGAUGUCUGGAAGAGACAACGGCAGCAGUAAUAACCACAGCAAAGGAGAGGCGGCAUUCAGUGCUGCAGGGGGGGAGAAUGAUGCUCCGGAACUUAUCCUGACAUCUCUGCAGUACAUUGAUGAUGAGUCAGAAAUUUGAAAAUGACGAGCACAUUACUCAGUUUACCCUUGAGCAAUGUUUAAAGUUUAAAAGAUGAAUCGGAACGCCACAAACUAUUUGUAUCUAACCACAACUGGAUUCAGUUCAGCUGUUAUAUUUGAGAACUGAAAUAUAAACUGAAGUGUUCGAAACUGAGCUUUGAGAGACACUAUAAACUGUUGGGACUGAACACACCAAAAUAUUCUAUAUAAGUAUGAGAUGCUUGAAUCUCUGCUUUACUUUUUUUUUCUUUUUUUUUUAAAAUACAAAUGUACAUUUAAAAAUUAUUUUUAGUUUCUUACUAAUUGUUGAUAGAUUGAAAUACAUUUUAAAGACAAGUAUGAUUUUCACAGGGAAUGUACAAUAACUGAAAUUGAGCCAUUUCAUUUUAACCACUAGCUACAAAGAUUUAGCUUUGUUGUAUUAAACCUUUUCUACCUGGACCAUGUGUUGUUUCAGUGCAUCCAAAUAUAACCAAUAGGAUUUACAAGUUUUCUGCAAGUCGAGACAAGCUAAGAAUGUGAAGAACAGAUGUGGAAGUGACUUGCAGUUAUGUAUCAUCUUCGUAGUUUUGUGUUUGACACAAAUGUACAAAAUUAUGUUCACAACAGAAAACCAUCACCCAGUGACAGCUU